GUGAUUUAUCAACUGCUGAAGCAUAGUCACGAGGGCCUUUGAGCCGCGGAUGUAGACGAUAUACGCUUGUUGCUCUUCCAAUCCCAGGAAGCGAAACACGCUUGGAACUUGAGUGAACUGUUGGACUAAGAGGCAUGGCUGAUCCACAAACAAACUACACACUAAUGGACUGUCUAUAUUUUAGAUAAAUAUCUUGAAACAAGUGGGAUAAACCGUUGACAUUGAUGGCGGAAGCACCCAGGACUGAAUCCUAGCUGGACACUAAGUUGCCUCCGGUGGCUAACGAUCUGCCUAUUGAUGAUGACCCUCAUGACUUGUAAGAUUUACACCAUUUUCGAGGGGACAGCAAGGAGAAAGAUUUCUAUGGACUAAGUGAAGACCUCCCGCUUGAGGAAGUGUGAAACAUGCCCUUGCCAUUUGGCUUAAAACUCAAAAGGACUCGAAGGUAUACUGUUUCAAGCAAGAGCUGUCUUGUCACUCGGAUUCAGCUGCUCAAUGGAGAGUUUGUUGAGUUUACACUUUCGGUGGAGAGCACCGGGCAGGAAUGUUUGGAGGCAGUUGCUCAGAGACUGGAGUUAAGAGAGAUAACGUACUUCAGCCUGUGGUACUUCAACAAGCAGAACCAGCAGAGAUGGAUUGACUUGGAAAAGCCGCUGAAAAAGCAGCUGGACAAGUACGGGCUGGAGCCCACCGUUUACUUUGGAGUCGUGUUUUACAUACCCAGUGUCACCCAACUGCAACAGGAGAUCACAAGAUAUCAGUAUUACCUGCAGCUGAAGAAGGAUGUUCUCGAGGGCAGGAUCUCAUGCUCACUAGAACAAGCUAUUCGUUUAGCUAGCCUGGCAGUGCAAGCUGACUUUGGAGACUUCAAUCGAUAUGAUUCCCAGGAGUUCCUCCAGAAGUUUGCUCUGUUUCCUAUUGACUGGAUUCAGGAUGAGCGAGUGCUGGAAGAGGCCACUCAGAAAGUGGCUCUUCACUAUCAGUCAUUCAGGGGUUUAUCAGCCCCAGAGGCAGAGAUGCUGUACAUGCAGGAGGUGGAAAAAAUGGAGGGCUAUGGCCAGGAAACCUAUCAAGCCAAGGACAGCACAGGCACGGACGUUUCCAUGGGCUCCUGCCUCGAUGGCAUCUUUGUCAAGCAUAAAAAUGGCAGACCGCUUCUUUUAUUUAGGUGGAAUGAAAUUAACAACAUGAGUCACAACAGGUCCUUCUUUGUCCUGGAGCUCACCAACAGAGAGGAGACUGUCCAGUUCCAGACCGAAGACAUGGAAACCUCCAAAUAUGUUUGCCGGAUGUGUCUGGCCAGACUCAAGUUUUAUAAGAUUAACAAGAGUAGCCUAGAGGAGUGCGACCCCCUGCCUUCUGAGGGCUCCCAGAAGUCCCUUCUCACUCUAUCCUUUCCUCGCUUUCCAAUGCUCUCUCGUCCCUCUCUGCCUUCUAAUAAGGGCCAAACCCAGCCUGCAGUCGUCAACCCAGUCAGACGGAGAUCCUCGACAAGAUUGUCUCUGCCAAAGCCUCAGGCCUACAUGAUGCCUCCUCCACAGAUGCACUACAAUGGUCAUUUCACAGAGCCUUACACAUCAUCACAAGACAACCUGUACAUGAACAGUCAGAACGGUUACUACUACCACUCCCAGACCAGCCUGGACUGCUCCCCGAUGGAAUACAACAGCGGAGGGCGUUUACGUAACGGCAGCGUGUACAGCGCCCACAGCACCAGCUCUCUCACCAACCCUCAGCACUACCACCAGCCCUCACCCAUGUCCUCCAACCCCUCCAUCACUAGUGACAUCACCAGGCCCGACUACGUCCCCACGCACCGCCACAGCGCUCUCAUCCCACCUUCCUACCGCGCAACUCCCGAUUACGAGACAGUGAUGCGUCAGAAGAACCGUGGAGCGGGGGGAGGGAUGCUCUUGUCUCAAGAGCACCGGCAGAGCCACUCCAUGAGGAACCUGAACAUUGGGAACUCGUACGCCUACAGCAGGCCGGACCCUCUAGUUUACAGCCAGCCGGAGAUCAGAGGGGAGCAUGGUGGAGCUGCCCAGCACCACCACUAUCCCUUCCACCUGGGCUCCAGCUUCCACAGCCCCUCUCCGUACCCCUACCCCACAGAGAGGAGGCCCGUGGUGGGGGCGGUCAGUGUCCCAGAGCUCACUAAUGUCCAGUUACAACAGGCCCAGGAGUAUCCAGCCCCGAACAUCAUGAGAACACAAGUGUACCGCCCACCUCCACCUUACCCGUACGCCCACCCUCGGCCCGCCAACAGCACGCCCGACCUGUCGCGCCACCUCUACGUCAGCAGCAGCAACCCAGACCUGAUUAUCACCAGGCGCGUGCAUCACUCGGUCCAGACUUUCCAAGAGGACAGCCUCCCCGUCGCCCACUCUUUACAAGAGGUGUCGGAGCCUCUUUUCAGCGGACCCCCGCAGAGACACCCGUACCACCUGCAAAAGCGGAACUCCAUCGAGAUCGCCGGGUUGGCACACAGCUUCGAGGGGAUGAGGGUCAAAGAGCGGACCGUGUCUUCUUCGGCGGCCGAAACCGCCACGCCCCCGCCGGCCCUGCACGGCGGCCGCUCUCAGGGCUCUCAGCUCAACGUGUUUCUGGAGCGUGCAAAGACGGAGGACAGGGGCGAGAUUAAGGAGGACGUGCAGUACGGACACAAAAAGUCCCUGUCGGACGCCACCAUGCUGGUUCACAGCAGCGGCGAAGAAGAGGAGUUUGAGGACGACAGCGGACGCCACACGCCGCUUUCUCAGGACGCGAUGGCAGCGGCGGUUUGUGAGCAGCCGUCCCAGCAGCACCACAGCUUGACGUCUCUCUCUUCUCUCACGUCUCAGCAGCAGACGCCCAAAGAGCCGCCCCCCGCGUACCCCAUAGGCUCCUCUCUCGACCCGUCUAUAACCAGCUCGUUGACUUACAAGGUUCACCCCCUGAUCCAGGAGGGCGAGCCUCUCUAUCUGCUGUCAGACUUACGACAGCCCAGGAUUAUGCCCUCAGUGUCGGAGGGAGACUUGAGUGGACAGGCCAAGCAGAAGACAAAGAAAGACUUCAAGAAGAGGCCUGUGUCUGAUGUGCCUCCCGGGAAGAAAACUGUAGAAGGUUUGCCCCCUCCGGGCAUGAAGAAAGGACCGAGGUUAGAGGUGAAGAAGAUGGGCCCUCUGAAGAUGGCCCAUCUCAACGGCCUGUCAGUGUCCAGGCAGCAGCCGAUGCACGAAGAGCUCAAGGAUGAGCCUGAAAGAGCCUCUAAUGACGAGAGGUGUAAAGUGCUGGAGCAGCACAUGGAGAGAGGAGAGCUGCUGAAAGAGUACGAGAGUAUCCCAAAGCGGCGUCCAGGAGGAGAGUGGACCAUCGCCCAGCUGCCAGAGAGCGGAGACAAGAACCGCUUCCAGGACGUCCUGCCCUACGAUGACACCCGAGUGGAGCUGGUUCCCACUAAAGAGAACAACACUGGUUACAUCAACGCGUCACAUAUUAAAAUAACAGUAGGUGGGCAGGAGUGGAGCUACAUCGCCACGCAGGGUCCUCUGACCAACACAUGUCCCGACUUCUGGCAGAUGGUGUGGGAACAAGGCGUUUCCAUCAUCGCCAUGGUCACCGCCGAAGAGGAGAGCGGGCGGGAGAAGAGCUUCCGUUAUUGGCCCAGACUCGGCUCACGCCACAACACGGUGACGUACGGCCGCUUCAAGAUCACAACACGGUUCCGCACGGAGUCGGGCUGCUACGCCACCACAGGCCUGAAGAUUAAACACCUCCUGACGGGACAAGAGAGGACCGUCUGGCACCUGCAGUACACAGACUGGCCCGACCACGGGUGUCCUGAGGACUUCAAAGGCUUCCUCACCUACCUGGAGGAGAUCCAGUCUGUGAGGAGACACACCAACAGCAUCAGCGACCCAAAGAACACCAACCUGCCGGUGCUGGUCCACUGCAGCGCCGGAGUGGGCCGGACCGGUGUGGUCAUCCUGUCUGAGGUCAUGAUCGCCUGUCUGGAGCACAAUGAGAUGCUGAAUGUCCCCAAAUACCUGUCUAAGCUGCGUGAACAGAGGAUGAUGAUGGUGCAGACCUUGUCUCAGUACACCUUCGUCUACAAGGUCAUCAUCCAGUACCUACGCAACUCCAGGCUCAUAUAAAGCUCACGUGUGUCCGCCCGCCUCCACUUCAGCUCACACCGUCGUCACACGCUGAGGCUGUGGUGAUGCAGCUUGUAUGAAUCUGAAUCUGUCCACUGCAGCAAGUCGGUGUUUGGUCAAGUAUUAAAUCAGGAGAUUUAAAGCUGAAGGAACGACGUGUGGACGCACAAGAAAAGAAAAAAAAAGCUACGACAUGAAGGAGCAUAAAGACUUGAUGAUCUGCCUCUAAACAGUAUUAUAUAUAUUAUUUUUUACAUACAUUAUUGCUUAAUAAAGCCCAGCACUUUUACAGUACUUUGCUGUACAUAAUGAACAAAUGUUAAGCUGCAUUAACAGAAAAAAAUCUAUUAUUAUUAUUAUUAUUAGAUAUGUAUGUAUCGAAAAAACAGUUGUAUUUUCAUUUUGAAGAAGAUCACUUUUUAAAAUAAAUGUGUUUUGGAUUUGCUGUUUGCUAAAUAUUGGUUGUGAUGAUGAUGAUGAUGAUGAUGAAGGAUGUUUCUGUAGGACUGAAGACAGGUUGUCUGGUAUGAAGGUGUGAUCACAGAGUUCAGAUGGAUUUUAACUUCAUGUGGCCUGUGGUGGUUCAGACAAGGGUUUGCCCCUGCUUUUAACUUAAUAAAAAUAUGAUUAUGAUGCUGAUGUUUACCGUAUAUACCCCAUGAUUUGUCAAUUUUCAUGUUAAAAAAAAAGCCUUUUGCUAAAAACAAAUCUAUUAUUAAAAGACAUCAGAAACACUGGAUUAACAGGAAGUAGAAAUGCAUCGGCAGGGUUUACAAAUAUUUUAUUGACGAGCAAAGAAAAAGAACGACGUUGAGAGUAAAACUGGAAAAUUACUUUCAUACUUUUUUCAUCUGUUUUUAUUAUGACAAUUCUUGAGUGCUGU